GCUGCAAUUCUAUUCUGUAUAUGACCAUUUCACCUCUACAGAUAAGACCAAUACGGCAAUACCUUUCUAACCCUUCUCAAUCUAGAGCCCUUACAGCCAAUCCUCCCUCUCCCUCUCUCUCUCUGGCUGUUGGGUGCUCUCAUCUCAGUUUUGUCUGGAUGGAAGCGGCGGCUGUUCUUCAAUCUUCUUAUGGUUUUUGUAAACCUUCCAGUUUUGUGGUUAGAUCGGGUCAUGUAGCAGCGAGUGUUCCUGAUGUAGUGAGUUUAAAUACCAAGUUUCGUUUUCCGAACAGAUUGAUUAAGCAUUCUCCUUCUAUUGCUCUUCCCAAUCAAGGCCGCAAGAAAUCAACUUUUGUACGUAGAAAAAGCAUUCUUGUAAUGGCUUCAUCUUCAUCUUACGAAUCAGCAGAAGAAGCAACUCCAAUCGCUCCUCUUGAAUUGGAGUCUCCGGUUGGGCAGUUCUUGUCUCAGAUCUUGAAAAGUCAUCCUCAUCUGGUCCCAGCUGCUGUCGACCAGCAGCUUAAACAACUUGAAACUGACCGUGAGGCUGAGAAACAUAAAGAAGAGCCUUCUAUUUCUGGCACUGAUCUUGUUUUGUACAGGAGAAUAGCUGAAGUCAAGGCCAAUGAGAGGACAAAGGCUUUAGAAGAGAUUCUGUAUGCACUAGUUGUUCAGAAAUUCAUGGAUGCAAAUUUAUCUUUGAUACCCGCAAUAUCCUCACCGUCUUCAUCCAACCCUUCUGAUCGAGUAUACUCAUGGCCGAGUCAAGAGGAGAAGCUUGCGCAGCUGCACUCACCAGAAGCCUAUGAAAUGAUCAAAAACCACCUGACUCUCAUCUUAGGGAAUCGAGUUGCAGACCCGAAAACUACUGCACAGAUGAGCAAAAUCAGGGUUGGGCAAGUCUAUGCUGCAUCAGUAAUGUAUGGUUAUUUCCUCAAGCGAGUUGAUCAGCGGUUCCAGCUUGAGAAGACAAUGAAGAUCCUCCCCGAUGGACUAAAUGAAGAAAGGAGUUAUAAUGGGCAUGCCAUGGCAGAGGAUAAGGGACCCAGUGGUAUUGAGGUGUCUCCAGAUUCAAAACAUGCUGAGCAAGAGGUUUCAUAUGGUAAAUUCAGUCCUGGGGGAUUUGGGCAUGGGAUUAAGCAGUCAAGACUAAGGACCUAUGUGAUGUCAUUCGAUGCUGAGACUUUGCAAAGAUAUGCAACAAUUAGAUCCAAGGAAGCUAUUAGUAUCAUUGAGAAGCAUACAGAAGCAUUGUUUGGGAGGCCUGAGAUUGUGAUCACACCUCAGGGUACUGCUGAUUCUACCAAGGAUGAACUCGUCAGAAUAAGCUUUGGUGGGUUGAAGAGGCUUGUUUUGGAGGCUCUGACUUUUGGGGCUUUCCUCUGGGAUGUUGAGAGUUAUGUUGAUUCUAGUACAUAGUUGUCAUGGUGCCUAGGUAAGCCAAGGCCAUCAAGGGGGCGCAAAAAUUUAAGGCAAAGCGAGACAAACUGCCUGGAUGCCUAGAAGACGCCUUGACAGCUAUGGUGUAGCAGAUUUAUAUCCAACUGAGAUCCAUAUUCGCCAAUGGGGUGGCUAGCCCUUGCCUCAUCACUGCUCGUGUCGGCUGGUUGGGUUCGAGUUGGCAUGGUCUACUAUUGUUAGUUGGUCUUGUCGAAGUAUUGCUUCCCAUACGGGGACUUUGUCCUGGGGGCUAUGAUCACUACCAUGAAGCACCAUUUUUCCUUUACCAAAAGAUGGCAACAAUGACAAGUAAACAGACCUUUAAUCCAAGUUCAGUAGAUUUCAUUACAGCAUCUAGUACCAGUUAUGUCCUAAUCUCAGCAUAUCCGUAUUACAGCAUCCAGUACCAGUUAUGUCUUUCUACUAAUCUCAGCACAUCCUUAUCUGUUGUGCACCCUGAGCUUCUAAUGCUGUCAACUAGUCUUGCAGACUGAACUAUUAAAGCCUCUUGAGGAAUUUCCAAAAGCACUUGAAACUGGGUUGGUUUCACAUUCCAACCCAACUGCAUUUUACUGUAUAUUUUGCUUCAGAUGUGAUAAAUGUUCUCUUGGUAAGGUA